GUUACUGCUAGCGGCUGGUGUUGACAUACUGCCGGUGAUGUGGGACAUAACGGUCCGCGGCACAGCAGCUUUAGGGUAGAAAUAGCUCGAUUAUACCACCUUAAAUGCGACUUUAUUAUCGUAUUUUGAACUUGUUAGCAAUAAAUGUUUUUCUUUUUUAUUAGCUAAUUGGAGAAAAUAAGUAAAUUGUUCGGUUAGCAAGGGUUGCUAACAGGCUAGCUAGCAGCAGCAGCGCUCCGUAGCGAAGGCUCGGCUGCUCACACUUCAAAGGGGCCAAGUUUCCGGGGGCGUCAAACGAAAAUGCGGUGAUUCGAUACGUGGCUGGAUGCUGUCGUUUUGACUAAAUUAAUGUCUGGACUGAAAGAACCGAACAAGAGAUGAGUCAGCUUUGGUGGCGAGAGAAGCGCCUCUCUGAGGAUUUGGGGAAUGGCUCCCCCAACGGCCUCCCAGCCUCCGCGGCCCCACAGGUUUCCAAUGCAUCUAUGGUUCCCGAAACCCCCCUGGUCACACCGGAAGAGCCUUUUUUCCUGAUGACCUCCACUGCGCAGACCAUAUCAGGGUUUUUUGUUUGGACAGCACUGUUGAUCACAUGUCAUCAGAUCUACAUGCACCUGCGUUACUACAGCUCUCCAAAUGAGCAGAGACACAUAGUCCGGGUCCUUUUCAUCGUCCCCAUCUACACCUUCGACUCGUGGCUCAGCCUCCUGUUCUUCACCAACGAGGAGUAUUACGUGUACUUUGACACAGUCAGAGACUGCUACGAGGCCUUUGUCAUCUACAACUUCCUGAGUCUGUGUUAUGAGUAUCUGGGAGGAGAGAGCGCCAUCAUGGCUGAAAUCCGAGGGAAACCCAUCGAGUCGAGCUGCAUGUAUGGAACCUGCUGUCUGUGGGGUAAAACCUACUCCAUCGGUUUCCUCAGGUUUUGCAAACAGGCCACUCUGCAGUUCUGUGUGGUGAAGCCCCUGAUGGCCAUGAUUACCGUCAUUCUUCAGGCUUUUGGGAAAUACAAAGAUGGAGACUUCAAUGUGGCGAGUGGCUACCUGUACGUCACAAUAAUCUACAACAUCUCCGUCAGUCUGUCGCUCUACGCACUCUUCCUCUUCUACUUCGCCACACGUGAGCUGCUGGUUCCGUACAAUCCUGUGCUCAAGUUCUUCAUGGUCAAGUCAGUCAUCUUUCUCUCCUUCUGGCAGGGAAUGCUACUGGCCAUCCUUGAAAAAUGUGGAGCGAUUCCUCAGAUCAACUCGGCAAACUUCUCAGUCGGCGAGGGAACCGUUGCUGCAGGCUACCAGAACUUCAUCAUCUGCAUCGAGAUGUUCUUUGCUGCCGUGGCCUUGCGCCACGCGUUCACUUACAAGGUCUACAUGGAUAAAAGGCUGGACUCGUACGGCUCAUUUUCUAACUAUGGACAGUACGGGCGCUGUGCUCCGAUGAAGAGCAUCUCCAGCAGCCUGAAAGAAACCAUGAAUCCAGGUGACAUGGUCCAAGACGCCAUCCACAAUUUUUCGCCGGCAUAUCAGCAGUACACCCAGCAGUCCACGCUGGAGCGGGGUGGGGGGCCGCCCCUGUCCCGCAGCCACAGUAACCUCAGCACCCGCGGAGACAACGAAAAGACACUUCUGCUCAGCUCUGACGACGAAUUCUGAGCCCCGAAACUAUCGUGAUGCUCAUCUUACUUCUACAAACCCAAUCUAUGCCUGUUGAGGCAAAUUCUUAUUUUUUAGCCUUAAAAUGGAAGGUGAAAUGGUGUUACGAAAACAACAGCAACAUGUGAGGGAGUGUGCUGCAAGGGGGUCAAUCUCAAGAGUUAAAAGCUGUGUUGUUCUGAUGUCAUACUGCAGUGAUGUUUGUUUUUGCUGAGUAUGAAUCAGAACAAAUACUCAUGCCUGUGUUUAGCACCUUAAACGUGCACUUUAAAAGGGUAUGGCAGAAAAUGUGUCACUUAUGAGGCAGAGAGGGAAAAAAGUGCCAUUUUGAACUGAAACAUGCGGCUUUCUUGAUUCUUUAGUUUUGCUUUGACUCUGAUCUUCAUCUUUUGACUCUGAUUGCCAAAAAGAGGGAGCAGAAGCCAGCAUCUCACUGUGGUCCAGUUCCGAUUGCUUUAUAAGCUUUUGAAUUAUGUUUUAUAAUCUCACAGUGAUGUCAUUUUAACACUAGUUUGCUGGAAAAUAUUCUAUAAAUGUUAAAUAUACCAUAUAUUUUGUCAUUAUUGUGGGCUGGAUGUUUAAGUGAAGCAUAAGUGUAAUAGUGCAGUUGCUGGUCUGCCUCUUGUGAUGUUUGGAUUUGAAAGCAGGGAAGCAACAGCUGGGCUACAGAGAUUUUUUUUUUUUUUUUUUUGCGUGGGCAGAGGGACUAACAAAUAAAUACACUCAUGCAGAUUACUGAAGAAACGACGCUUCCGACAGAGCCGGCCCUGCUGUGAUGUGCCGUGGAUUAUAAUCUCCUCAUUAAUGGCAUUACGUGCUGCUCAGAUCAGGCCUGCCUCUGGUGGUGCUGCUUGUAACAACACUAUUGUUGUAGUGUUUGUGAAAGAUGUCAAUCAUUACUAAAAAAAAAAAAAAAAAAAGUUAUAUUUUGGGCAGAAUCCAAAUAAUUUGCCUUACUUGUCUAAGUUAGCAGCUGCAGAUCAACACUAGUGGAGUUGUGAGGACAGAAUGUAUCAAAGAUGAGGUUCCUUAACGUGGCAUUAAGUUAGCAGCAUGCUGAGAAUAUUUAUCUCAUUUGGUUUGCAGUUGAAGCUUCUUACUCGUAUCUGUAGUGCUCCAAAUGUCAGUCGCUCCACAGGUCUUAUCUGCUGUCUCUGUGGGGCUUCACUUAAAGUCACAGGGUUGAGAACAUUAAUAAAUGAACACGUAAUCAGUUCUUGUAAAGCAUAGCAAUUUAUUACCUUCAGCACAUCCAGCUCAAGCUUCUAUAAUCAAAACCUCAUUUAAAUAAUUGCUUUAAUAUAAAACAACUCCUGCAGCUGCAUAAAUAAAGAUUUGCCGUAAAUAACAUUAAGAGAGCACUGUGAUUUGUUCACAGGUAAGCCAGGUAUGGCAUCGUUUGGUAUGGUUUUUAAUAUUUUUGUGUUUUAAUAUUUUAAUUUUAAAAAUGCACCGGUUUUGUUUUAUUUUUUGCUGUAUCCUUUUUAAAAUGUAUAUUAAAAAUAAAUAUAUGGUGUUU